AUGGGGACCAGAGUCAACUCGAACACGAUCGUCCAUUCAGGCUUUAACGAUAUCGCCAGCCUCGUCCGCGGAUCUAGGCCACCCAUGCCUGACAAGGCUCAAUGGCCGCAGAAGACUCGAGGCGGAGAUGACAAGUUGAAAGGCACACCAUAUGAGGCUUUCAAGACGCCUCGCAAGCCGGUCAGGGCAGAGGUUGAGCGUUCCAAUGGUCGAAUUCAGAAGACAUCGGGACCUGGAAGACGCAAUGAGCGAUCACAGCUAGAGCUAAGGAGGAGAAAGGUCAACAAGCGCAUGAUUGGGCCUCCAAAGGACUUCAGGCAUGUCUUUCAUGCGUCCACGUAUGAAGAAGCUACUGAAUUACUGCUUCGAUGGUCCGUUGAGGGUAUGGGAGAUAAGCUGGGAGAUCCUUCAUGGGCUAGCCCAAUCAAGCAGAUUAUCAAGAUACGGGCCAGGGAACAGCAAGCUAGGGCUAUAGCCGCUGUUGUAGAGGCAACAGUUCGGGGUCGAUUAAAGCCCGCCGAUGGCGACCUCCAGCCGCCAGGUACGCUGCGCGUGGUGAAUGGUCUGCCUUCGUCCAUUUAUUCCUCAACAAAUGACACCAUGUCACCACCUCUCGAUGCGCCAAGUCCAAGUGAAAGGGCGAUUGGCACUGCCCGAUCCUCUAUCCCCUCGGUUCUCGCCCGAGGCUCGACACCAAAUCUCAUCGCAAACUUUCCUACUGGCUAUUUCGACCGAGGCACGACUACCACCAAUGGAUCGAAGACACCAAGCAAUCUCCUGACCAACCCAUUCAAUUCACCUCAAAUACUGGAAGAGCCUAUUCAGUCAGCAAGCGGAAGCGCGAUAGUUUUAGGCAAUCGCAAGCUCCGGCCUACAGCGCCUUUGGCUAUCAAGAAAAAAGUCGUGCCGCCUAUUGAGGAGGAUCCAAGGAGCCUGUCACCCGCUCAGGCCCCGCUGCAGCGGGAUCUCAGCACAAGUCGAGCCGUUGAAAAGCUGCUACAGGCUGUGAGUCCGCCAGGCGAGACCUUGCAAGCGGAGAAUUUGCCUUUCAGAGUUGUGAAGCCGUCACUGGAGACUCUAGAGAGGUCGAUGUCUGUGGCCCUGUUCUUUGAGCAGUAUUAUCACGGUUUGCUCCGCCCUCCGAAACCUCAAAGUCAGCCGGCGGAUCCUGGCAAUUAUGUGGUCUCUCGAGCGAAGCGUCUCACUCAACUGGAGGCGACCUUUGUCCUGCCAGAGAACAGAUUCAUGAGCGAGGAUGAGAAGGAAGCGAGACGGGACGCACUACAGCAGGAGGAGAAUUGGCUGUUGAGAGAGCGUCGGCGAAAGGUGGAUGUCCGGGCAUUUGAACUUGGCAGAGUGAUCGGACAUGGAGCUUUUGGCGUGGUCAGGAUAGCUCGAGAAAGGGAUUCGGGACGACUCGUUGCCAUGAAACAGGAAAGCAGAUCCCAAGAGGGGCAUGUGAAAGCGGAGAAGGAUCUCUUGGUGGCUGCUGCAUCGAAGGUAAUGCCAGCGGGAGACGCCAACGCUCCAUCCUGGAUAGUGAGAUUGCAUUACGCCUUUCAAGAUACCGACAAUCUCUACCUCGUGCUCGAUUUCAUGGGCGGUGGAGACCUGCUGAAUCUGCUGGUGGAACUCGACAAAUUCUCCGAGGAUAUGACUCGAUUCUAUGUGACCGAGAUGAUUCUCGCUUUGGAAGAAACGCACUCACUGGGGUACAUCCACCGAGACAUCAAACCGGACAACUUCCUCUUCACACCCGAAGGUCAUAUUCGGAUUUCAGACUUUGGCCUUGCAACUGACCUGCACUGGGCGCAUGAUACGAAUUACUAUGAGCAACAGCGGCGAGCUCUGCUGAAGAAACACGGAAUAGAUCUGGAAUUCGCGGGAGGUGCCAAGACGAAAAGGAUGAAGAAGGCUGAUGUGGAGCGCAUCAUGGGCAAAGAAUGGCUCGAAGAGGGCAAUGGGGUGUUGACAUGGAGGGACAAGAAUAGGAGAAAGCUGGCAUAUUCCGUCUGCGGAACCAACUCUUACAUGGCACCCGAGGUGAUCCGAGGACAAGGCUACGGCUUUAGCUGUGACUGGUGGAGUCUUGGCGUCAUCAUGUACGAGGCACUCUAUGGCUAUCCGCCCUUCGUCAGCAGCUCGCGUCAUAUAACUCGUCAAAAGAUUCUCAACUGGAAGAAGAACCUCAAAUUUCCUCCCACUGCUCGGGUCUCACCACAAUGCACGGACUUCUUGGCUCGACUGCUGUGCGAGCCUGAAGAUCGUAUAGGGUCGCAGAAACCGGCUAACCCUUCUGUCCUGUCCUCUUACAGCCUGCGAAUCGAGACAUUAAAGGGGACAAGGAUCCUUGGACUGGGAUCCGAUGGAGCGGCGCAACUCAAAGCCCAUCCAUGGUUUAAAUCCGUCAAUUGGGACACGAUACAUUCCCAGGAGCCUCCGUACGCGCCAGACUUGUAUGCCGACGACGAUACGAGGCACUUUGACGAGAACAUUCCCGCGGAGCCUUUGGCACCGGCUCAUGGCGGUGCGGACAACAUCAAGGAUCCCUUUCUGCGAGACAAGCUGCAUGGAGCGCAGCUGUUGGAGAUCCGGAAAGACCUCGCUUUCAAAGGAUGGACAUUCAAGUCCCCGCAUUUGAUACCGAGGUAUGGUCACGCUGGAAAUGCCUCGAGUGGGGGACGGAGUGACGAGACGGUGAUUGGUCACGAGCGAGCGUUGGAAACUCCCAGAGCCUCGAGAAUGGUUGACAUGGGAACCGUACGAUCUCGAGCUCUGUCCAUGUAG